UUAAACAAAAUCUUCAUAAUAUUUAAUUUUUUUUUUUUAAUUUUAAUAUUUUAUAUUAAUUAAAAAGUGUUCAAUAUUAAAAUGAUGAUUUCUAUGGGAGUAAUUGAUUGCUUUAAGCAAAAUCAUUCAUUAGAAAUUACAAAAGAAUCUGUAAUAAUGCAACCAUCUGAUAAUUUUAAUAUUAAAAAUUAUCCGGUUCGUCGUAUAAAAAUCAGUCCAAUACAAUUUUAUUUUUUCUAUAAGGAAAUAACAAAUUGGAAUAAAUUUAUUGAUAAAUUACUUAAAAAUCAAUAUUUAUUAGAACAUUUUAUAAGAAUAAGAUUAUUAACUAAUUCAACUAUAACAAUUGAUUAUACAUGGAGCCGUAUAACUUAUAUGACAUUAAUGGAAAAUAUUGAAACGGAGCAUAUCUUUUUAUGGCUUUCAACAUUAGGUGGUGGAUAUAGUUCAUUAGGAGAACAUUUUAGUAGUUGUGCUAUAAUAGCUUCAAAAAUAUCAUUACAACAAUUAAUCUUGUGCUAUAAAUUAGGUGAUCCAAAUAUGCAAUCAAGAUGUAAAUUAUUUUAUAGUAUAUCAUUAAUACAACAAGGAAAAUUGAGAUUAGCAAAGAAAAUAAUUCGAGAACAAUAUAAAUUUGCAAAAUCACAAACAGUAGAGGAUUUCAGAUUAAUAAAAAUGUGCCAGGGUAUAUGGUUAAAAUUACAACAUUCCUAUCGCAUUCGUUUAAUUGGUUCAGAUUCAAAAUAGAAUAUUCAUUUUUAAUAAUAAAAUAAUGUAGAUAAUAUUUGUUUUUUUUUAAAAAACAAAAAGAAAAGAUAAAUAAUAAAGAUAUUUUUAAAAAUGUUAUCAAAUCAAAGUUUUAUUUUUCAUUAUACAUAAUGGUCAUACCGCCUCAUAUUGCAAAAAUGCAUUAGUUCCCAUAGAGGAUGAAAUU